CCUCCUUUUGGAUCUGGGCCAAUGGGUGGAAAUUCAUCAAUUGUGAGAUCAGUCAGACUAUAAAUGCAGUGACUUUGGGGCAAAGAAGCAGAGGAUUGCCCGAGUCAGUACAAUCAGCAAAUAAAAAAGAAAUGAUGAACUGCAGAGCUAUCUUCAUCAUCUUAGCCAUCCUGAUGCUUUCUGGACAUUUGACAGACGGCCGAGCCAUUGGUGCAGUGAAAAUCAAUCUGCGUUGUCAAUGUAUCAAAUCCACACACGAGAUCAUCCCCCGAAAGUUUAUCAAGAAUCUUGAAAUCAUACCUGCGGGUCCACACUGCGCCAAAGUUCAAAUCAUUGCAACCCUUAGAAAAGGAAGGAAGGUCUGCGUGAAUCCAAAGGCACAUUGGAUACAAAAGUUAAGAAGGGCUUUGCAAAGAGAAGAAGAUAAUUGAGGGAAGAUGGACAAUCCCUUAGAACCGGUUAAUAACUUCUGCAAGAUUGCCGUUAUUUCUGGUGGUUACGUUGGUCCAGCCUUUCCUGUUUGAAAGGAUGCCUGUUAUUAACACUCUAAACUGGCUGAAGCUGAAAUGAGAAGCUUGUAUCUUGUCCUGACAGGUCAUGUAUUAAUUUCCUUACACCUACAGACCAAUCUUGACUGUUGGCUUGCUCACAAGCUCCGUGUUUUCUCAGAGGUUAAUUUAAUUUUCUUUAAUUGGAGUAUUAGUCUAGAGUGAAGGGUGAGAGAGGGCACAGGGUCAUUACUGAUGGUCAGUACAUUUGCACUGGUUUAAGUCCUUAUAUUUUAAUAUGAGUAGAUUCAGAAAUACUUGUAAUAAUAUUUAUUUCGUCAUUGAACUUUACAUCUCAGUUUUCUAUAAAAUAUACUUGUCAAUAAUUACCUGGGAUUACUUCAACACAGUGUUAUAAUUCAAUGCUGGAAGUAGUAUGUUAUUAUGGUGGAGGAGUUAAGAUAACAAACACUGCACUCAGUCCUAUUUCCUGCCUGGUAUUUUGUUUUUGUGCGUUUAGGUUAUUCUUCAUUAUCAUGUUGGUACUGAAUGUAGUUGCCGGUUAUAGUGGGUUAGCUUAGUUAAAGAUAUUACCAACUUAUAGCCAGGUCAGUAAACUGAGGAACACUGGUUUACUUACAUAGUACAGAAAGACAAUUGAUACUAGAUGAUCAAAUAUAGAAAUAGAUCAUCAUGUUUUAAAAUAAUUUGUAUUGGCACACUUAAUUUGAAAUGAGUUUAAUCAGUCAGGUUUGUUGUAGUUUGGUCUAUGCUGUCUACCUGAUAGAAAUGUUGAAAAUCCAAAUAGCAGUCACUACUUCAGACAAGUGCUCGUUCUGAUAUAAUAAUGCUCCCACUCAAUGACAGUUCUACUCAGUCACUUGGUGUGGAACAGUAUACAUAUUUAUUUUGUAUUAUUUUAAGCAUAUUUUCUAAUAUAAGAAG